UCCCUCAUUCAAUAUAAAACAGUACACAAAACACCCUUCUGACACAAAAACGGUUAGUUAAUAGGAAAAAGUUAAGAACAAAGAGUUUAAAAAUAAAAUUAUAAAGAAAACUAGAAUCACUUUACAAAUAUGGUUAUUACAAAAUGGAUAUUCCUUGGAGUCUUUUUUAUUCCGUUAUUGUUAACUCUGUGUGGAUAAAUUUAUUAGACGAAGAAUUAAUAAUAGCAUCAUCAAUCAGUGCAGUGCUCGUGAUUAUGCAAACAAUGAGGGUAUUUUCGUAAUUAAAGUUUGUAAUUUGCCAUAAUUUUUUCGUUUCUAGACUUUCCAGGAGGAAACAUCUUUCACACCAACCUAAUUUGACUAUAUGGGAAAAAUGAGCACCAAAUGGAAAAAAGUUCAAUUUUUUUUCCAUUAUAUAUACUCGUGCACAAUUGGUCUAUAAUUACAAAAACCAAUCAACAGAGAGAAUAAUAUAAUUAAUUAGUUGAUUUAUUCAAAAAAAUGAAAGGAUCAGCUUCUUCAUCACUAGUAAUAACCAUUCAGGCGGUGGCUCUGAUGAUAAUGGUGGUGGUUCCGGCGUCGGUGUUGGGGCAGACGCCGAGCGAGUGCAACGACGAGAAGAACAAGCUGGAAAACGGGUGCAGGGCGGUGAUAUUCGGGCGGGACCCUACGGCGGCGUGCUGCCAGCAGGUGAGGGCGGCGCACUUUUCGUGUAUGUGCCCACUUGUCACUCCGGCGCUGGUUGCAGCCAUCGGUGGGGCCCAACGUGCUAUCAGACUCGUUCGGGGCUGUGGUCGGACUGUUCCUCGUAACUUCAAGUGUGGAAGUUUGACUACUCCUGCUUGAAGAGUUGAACUAUCGGGAUGUUUGGUGAUCAGACGAAGGUUGAUUUUAAUGGUGGAAUUGCCUCCAUCAGAAACAAAUAAAUAAGCAAAGUAAUUUUAUGUAUUUGUGUAGGGAUGUGUAUUCGUGGAUACAUAUCUAUAGUUGACGCAAAAUAAACAUUUAUUAUUUUUUUUAGAAUUUAUAAAUAAUUCCUAUGUU